UUCCUUCCCCAAGCAAAACAUGUGACACCUGAUCUCUCACCCACGUCCUAUAUUAUAUAAUCUCUCACCCAAUCUCUCCCCCUCUCCAAUUAUAUUCUUCCGUAUAUACCAUUAGAUUUCUUCCCCUAGUCCGCGGCCUCCCGGCGGAGGAGUUUCUCUGAUGGGUCCGUUGGUGGUGGUGUCGCAGCUGGCGACGGGGCUGGGGGUGCUGGCCGGGGCGAUGCUGGUCAAGUCGGCGAUGGAGCAGCCGAUGGCCGGGCCCGGGGGGUGGCAGCCGCCGCGGUGCGCCACGUGCAACGGCACCGGCCGGGUCGCGUGCCUCUGCUCCCGGUGGUCCGACGGGGACGUCGGGUGCCGGACCUGCGCCGGAUCCGGCCGCAUGGCCUGCAGCAGCUGCGGCGGGUCCGGCACCGGCCGGCCCAGCCCGGUCCAGAUCAACCUCCGGUCCAACCGGCGGCCGUAGGUACAAGAGAAGGAGAAAUAUUGAAGAUCAGCUUAUGUAUGGGGUUAGUGUACAAGAUGGAGCUGAUGCCUGUUCUUUCCACUGUACUAUAUCAGCAUCUAAUUAUAGAAAAAAAGGAAAAGAAAAAAAAAGAGACAAAACUCAGUUUACGAAGCAAGAUAUGUUGUUGCUUUCUAUCUUUUUGCUAUGUUACACUUAGUGGUCACUUAAUUUUAGUGGUGUAUUAUGACUCUUUUGAGGAAAUUUUGAUGUGAUAUGUACAUCUGGAUGUUCAAGUUCAUAAUAUAUGCUAACAUGGCUAUAAAAAAGUUCGAUUUUGA